CUUUGAAGUCACUGAUCGAUUGCACCUCUGGAUCCUCUCAUUCUGGACUUGAUCACCUCUUCCUUUCGCCACACGCAUGCUCUCCCUCGACCACUUACCCUUACCCCCCCCCUCUCUUUCCCCAGCUGCUCCUCCACCCGUUGUUUUGGGGGCUCUUUUUAAUUUGCUUCCAAUUCAAUUCAAAUCGGAGUUUAUCCCCCCCUCUCUCAUUGAUCGAGCGCAAUGGAGUUCCCUGUCUUUGGUUAUCGGCUGUGAUUCCCUUCCCGCUGCCAGCCUGGGUUGGGUUCACUAAGUGCGCUCUCACCUGAUAUUGAUCUAGGCUCAAUUCAUUGCGUCUUCGAUAGUCAAAAGAGACCCAUCAAUUAAGUGUAUCUGAUCCCUCACCCGGCCUUUCUUUCUCCUGUACUCCGUACAAUAACUUGGUUUCUGCGUUUCUUAUUGCUUGUUCAUCCAUUUCAUUUUUUUUCCCCCUAUUAAAUCAACCAUACAUCUUGAGUCUGAAUGAUUCCCCUUGUCCGAUCUGUUUGUCUCAAUGACCCCUCACCUCAUAAUGUCGCUCCAACGGGCUCUGUCGCUGACUUCUGCAGCUUCUCGGCCCUUGGCUUUUAGCAUAGACCACCGCGUGUUUUAGCCGUCGCCCAGACGCCUUGACAUGGGAUCAGUCCUCCUCAACCAUCCGCGGUCGGAUCACGUUGACAGCUCCUACACCAUGCUGGGAGGCGCCAUCACUCCCUCGGAAUCCGUCUAUCGACCUUCAUCCCAUCAAACUUCUCACCCAUCAUCUCACUUGGACACCGGCAGUUCCAGGUCCACGUCGACCAGUACCACCCCCACUUCCUCCACAGCCCCGCCAUCAACAUCCGCCGCCGGCUCUGCUCGUCUGCACUCCCACUCUUCGCAUGAUGUGCCUGCCUAUAUCAACCGGUCAUCUCACACACCAUCUCAACUGUCCACACGAGAAUCUUCAGCCACGCCGGGAUCGACACACACCCAGCCUCCCUCAAUGAGUUCCACCCAUGUGCCUUAUCCUGACACUUCCACUUACCCCGCGCUCCAUCGCUCCCAACAUGUGAGUACCAACCAGACUGCUGCUGCGCCGAUCACCGGUUCUCACCGGGAGAGUCACUCAUCUCCCGCUUCACCUCGGCUGAAGCCGACACACCAGUCUCUGCGGUCACUGGGUGGGUCAGAAGCGAACUCCCCGAGCCGUAUCAAGGUCCGUGAUCUGUCUCAUAUCCAGAGCUUUGCCAGCGAAGAGUUCUUGGCCCAGUCGCAGAGGGAUCGAAUGCCCGGGCAGUGGUACCAGGAGCGCCAGUAUGAGAUUAGCUCUAUGCCAGUCACCGAUAUUAUUGAAAUGGUCGCUGGACUUCUUACGAAAAUAACCACGACCAAUGACACGCACCAUGAGCAGAUUCAUCGACACAUCCCGCCCCCUGAUGGCACAGCAAGCCUUAGCCCGCAAGCCACGAGUGUGCUUGCAUUUCAUGGCAAGAAUGUACCGAGCAUCAGCAUUCUCAGCUAUCUGACUCGCAUUCAUAAGUACUGUCCAACUACUUAUGAGGUCUUCCUAAGCCUACUAGUGUACUUUGAUCGCAUGACCGAACUAGUGAAUAAAGGCCAAUUGGAGCGUCUCCAGCGGCGCUGGGGACAUGUCCGAGCGGACUCCGCCUCUCGGCCAGGGUCUCAGGCGUCGGCAGUGAAACCUGCGCACGAUUCGCCCAUGGUGACUCCCCCUUCUUCUGCUGGAAUGAGAGCGCAGGACCCGACAAGUCCAUCUUCUAUAUCACCGUCUUUGCAACCCCAAGAAGAUGACUAUCUUUCCCAAUUUUUUGUUGUCGAUAGUUUUAACAUUCACCGGCUGGUCAUCGCGGGCGUGACCUGUGCCAGUAAAUUCUUUUCCGAUGUUUUCUACACUAAUUCUCGAUAUGCGAAGGUGGGAGGUCUUCCGCUGGUUGAGCUGAACCACCUCGAGCUUCAAUUCUUACUACUAAACGAUUUUCGACUCUCAAUACCAGUUGAAGAAUUGGAAUCAUAUGGAACCAUGCUUGUCGAAUUUUAUGCACGGGAGAUUGUUGCUCAACAACAGCAACAGCAGCAGAUAACGUCUCAAACAGAGGUGCCUCGUCCGUUCGGCGCAUCUACGGGGACGGACCCUCAAUCGGAUGCGAUGUAUAUGCGGUCUCACGAGAAGCGUCGCCCCGAUCAGCCGGAAAUUCGACAGACCCCAACGCCACCGUAACUCUUGAGUGUCGAACCAUUCAACUCUCUCCCCUCUUAUACGCACGGUUUAGCGACUGUUAUUCGAUAGGAUGAUGUCAUUUGUGGCUUCUAAGUAUCAACGAUUGAUUGUCUCUCCAGUUGACGUCACAUACCCCCACUACUUUUUGUCUGCCGAUCUCCUUUAGUGCGCGCAUCUUCGGGUCACGACUUGUUCUUCUACUUAUAGACUCUUGGCUGCUAGCAUGUUGGUAUAUUAUCUGUGUUGAUUCUCAUGGAUCCCGAUUAUUCUGUGUUUCCGGUACUUAAUGUACACAACUCCAUUACCUCUGCAUAUGUUAUCUUGACAUCGGCCGGUGUUUUCGGGCGUUCUACUGUUGUCUGGGUUAUACGGCCGCGAGAAUCGUUUCAUCUUUGUAACUUGGUCUUCCUUCUUUAUAAUCUACUCUGGUCAACAUUUUCGCA